CGAGUGGUGGUCCGUCCUAUUGAUCGACCUAGAUCUGCAGUUGGUCUCCGCGCUUCGUCACGAAUGCGCGUCUUCUCUUUCGAGCAACGCGUCUCGACGACGUUUCUCCUCUCUUCUUUGAGCGUCUUUGUUCCUGACUCCUCAUUUCUCCUUCUUACAAUUAAAGAACAAGAAGAAGAGUAACGAGAUCUCACUAGCUACGAUUCUUAACGAAUCUCGAGAAGGUCGAUUAUUUUUCUCCGGAGCAGUGAAACGUGUCACCUGUGAUCGAGAAAACUUACGAUUGGAUUGCUUCCUUGGGAAAUCGUAAAGAAGAAAAAUGGACAAAGUCGACGUCCGAUGUACGAAUUCUUCGCGAGAAGGAUGAAAGCACGAAUGAUUUGCAACAGGCUGCACGAGGCGCGCUGAGAAGUUCUAGCGCGUUAUAACGGAGGAACGACCAGCUCUCUUGUUAACUCUUCUAUUUUCAUUGUUCUUAUCGACGACGAUCGAAAGAAGAAGAUCCAUCCUUUCGUUCGUUCGUUCGUUGCUAUUCGUACGAUUCUUCGAGGAUUUUUCCAGAGUUCCGCAUCGUUAGAUCGAUUAGCCGCACAUCGUACAGCCACAGUCGUUCAAGAAACGAGAAAUCACGAUACGGUAUGACGAUAUAUCGAAUGUAACGGGAGAGGAACAGCCGCCGACAUGUGGACGAAUCGUUUGAUUAUAGUGGCGGCAAUUGUACUCGCGGUUGCCAACGUCUGUCAUGCGGAGUGCCAGACACGCUCGGUCUAUUGCUACGAAUGCGAUUCGUGGACAGAUCUACGAUGCAAGGAUCCGUUCAAUUACACGGCACUUCCUAGAGAUCAGCCACCAUUGAUGACGUGCAAUGGAUGCUGCGUCAAGAUGGUCCGAAAUGCAAAAUCACCAUACGAGAGCGUUAGAAGGACCUGCAUUUCGCAGCUACAGAUAAACUUAUUCAUGGUGGACCACGUGUGCAUGAUGGAAAGUACCGGCACUGGUCACAUGUGCUUCUGUGAGGAGGAUAUGUGCAAUCGUGUAUCCCCGACUUCGUGUUCGAAUCCCACCCUCCUCCUCUUACUCCUCUCGACCAUAUUCUUUCUAAGCUCGAACGUUUUAGGAGGCCAAGCUUGCUUUGUAGAACGUUGCAAUGGUCACAUUGUAUAACACCGAUUCGUUGUUCGAUCCACUUAGAGAUCACCAAAGGUUCCAAUCGUUUCUCCCUCUUUCUCCCACCUUUCUCUUUAUUCCCUUUUUUAUCUCGUCCAAAAACUUACAAGUUUAGCAUUUUGCAAAAAGUCGUUGCGACUACUUCGACGUAGAAUAGAACGGAGUCUAUUGUCUUUCGCGUAGAUAUCAUUUGAUCUCUUUCUCUCUUUCACUUUUUCUCCCUUUUCUUUUUUUUUAUUUUUUUUUUCUCUAUUUUCACUCAUCAUUUUCCAACAUUUCUUAGCAGUGUGAAAGCAGCGGACAUCGAGAUAUGCCGAGAAGGAAACAAUACCAUCGUUUUAGAAGAGCUUUAUAAAAAUUUACGUAAGAUAUCGUUCAGAAAGAUAGAUUCGCGUUAACUUUGUACUCUGUUUGCGAGAUCGUUCAGUGGUAUUAACACUGUCUCAGAAAUCUGAUGUUAAGGCAAAGCUAAGAAGUUAACGCGGAUCGAUCGACUUAGAAACGGCAAAAUCCUGUCUCGUCCUUCCUCGUCACGAUCGCGUUCGUUAAUCUUUCAUUAGAUUGCACCUCACUCCGAUCUUCUCUCGCACUCGGUGCACUUUUUCUCUCUCUCUCUCUAUUUCUCAAUUUAUAUUUCUUCUUUGUCUCCCCUCGCGUGCCCAAUUGGACGUACAUCGGCAUUAUCUAGCGCUUCAUGCUCGAAACAAAAAUUGAUGCCGAGAAAAUUAGCGAAUAGAUGACGAUUCGCGAAACGUAGGCCGCAUGGUGUUCUUCGGCAUGUCAAUUCAACAGGGUCAUCGACGUGGCACCGUCGAUGCAGCGACUACAAUGACGGCGAUCAGCGAGCAACGUACCAAAGAGAAUCUUUACGACUAGCAAAAGCCGAAUCAGUAUGAGCGUGCUUUGGGAACGUGCUGUGCGUUUCGAAAAGAUAAUCAGCUUCUUUUUUUCUACCUCGAAGCUGUUUUACGGAUUUAAUUAAGGAUUUUUGUGAUAUUUUUUUAAUGAACAUUUUUUUCUUUGACGACCUUUAUUUUUUAAUGAACUUAUUCUCGAGCAGUUUGAAAUGGUAUUCUAUGUGUAUCUACAUCUUUUUUAUACGUUGUAUGAACGAUAACAAACUAUGUAAAUCGAUUCACUCUCUUUGAGGUUAUCAAUAACGAGAUUUAUAUCUUCUUAUCCGAUAAGUUUCGAAAGCACGCUCGUGUGCACGAGCAUACACGAUCAAUCACGAUUUAGUUAGCGAGUUCCGUAGGUAAAGGCACUGUUUAAAUCGUGGGAAGCGACUUUGAGUGCAUGGAUAGUAGGCACUCACAAUCAGAUCGGAGGAUCUCACUCGUGUUUCCUCCUUUGUCGCUCGACAUUUUCCAACCACCGUGUGCAGCAGCACCUUGCAUGAUACUGCAUGCCAUUGUCAUUAGUUACUCUUGCGUGUAAUCGAAUCGUCGUCCAAUUCCAUCGUCGUCGCUCGUCAAAGAGUAAUCUACGUAAUGAAAAAAGAGCCCUUUCUUCUUUCUCUCCUUUUUUUUUUCGUAGAAGAUAAAUAGAGGUAUUAAUCCGAGAGUUGCUUUUCGGCGAGCUGAACGACGCGAAGAACCUACGAAACCUUCCACCCCGACGGAUGCAAUGCGAGGCAGAUCGAAAGGAAAACUAACAAAAGCACAGCGUGAGCCUUCAGCUUACGUCGUAGUCAUCGAUAAACUUCCUCGCUCGUGUUUAUCGCGAUUUUCGAAUGAAAGUUCGAUCGUUAACAUUGUAACAUCUCUCGCGGGAUGACUCGAGCAAGCUGAACGCUCAUGUCCUCACAGAGAGGCUUUCUUUAACGGAGCCUCUUGCCAAACAAGCUUCGGUGCUUGCAUUGGUGGUGAGUUCACCGAUGUUUCUCUGGCAAGCCAUGCGGCUCGUGUCGCGUCAUUUGUUCAUUGUCGCACGCGCGGCUGCGAGGCUACUCCACUGAUCUUCGUUAUCUUUCUAUCUUUUUCUAUCUUUCUUUCCUCCUUCUUGUAUUACCACAUCUCUCUUGUAUAUCUCGCUGUUUACACUAAUUUCCGAUCGCAUCGAUUAACGCUAUUUUCUCGCCAGCUUUUCGAUUCUCCUUUUCAAAUGGCAAUUACGUGUACGAAGAAACGUCGAUUAUUUUGAAACGCAUUGUUACGAGGAAUUGCUAAGUGACAAAAAUUGGGCCUACCUAUGUACAUAUGCUGUAUUCUAAUACGAAUCAUAUCAUCUUUAUCGAUCGUUUCUUACGGAUUUAGAUAGGAGCUUGUUCUAAGUCUCUUAGGAUUAUUCUGGUUACGCGUAUGUACGUGCGUGUGUACUCGAUCGUAUUUUAUUCUAUCACGAGUCAUAUCAUUGUUACAAAUCGUUUUACCGGCUAACGUAGCUAGCUGUUAUCGAUAUUUAGGAUUACACGGAGAAUGUACGUAGUACGUAGGUCUUAGUUAUGUAAUGGUAAUUAUAUGGUAUCCUUAUUUGGAUCAUCGACAGAAAUCAUAUCACUGAAGCUUUAUUCGCACCAGCAAGCAAAGGAAAUUCGUUUUAUUGUUAUCCUCUUGGAAAACUUCUCUUCGGAAAACUAUCUCUUCGAUAUUAAUCUCGAGAGGUAAAAGAUAAUUCGAGAUCGUGCUGGAAACGACUCAUUUCUUUUUCGCGUAGCAAGACUACGUGGGAAUUAACGCGAUAAAAUCAGAGAUAUUCAAGGACGUUUCUUCGUUCCAAGCGUUUGGAGUUAUUGCGAUCAGAAAUAUCACACAUUAAUCUAUAACAAAAUUUAUAAAACGGCGAAUUCAAUCAACAUAUGUAAUAAUUGUUACGUUCAAAUCUGGCCUCGCAGCCGAAAGAUAUCCACGUAUAUUCGUUAUUUGAUAAAUGAUAUGCAACAAUAAUGUUACGAAUAAUGUUAUGUAAGAAAACAAAGAAAUCAGACACAGAGAAGUCCUUCUGUAACGCGAUGAAAAAUUCGAUAAAAAAAACUAUCUGCGUUGUAAAAAGAAUUAUACUUUCCCUUGUUUCGACGAUGCACUAGUCAUAAAAUACAAUACUUGUAAAGGAGUUUGCGCAAUCGUUCGAUAAAACAGUCUCGAUAAGAAAUUCUGAAAGAAAUUCUUCUCGCAGAUGAUGGUAUUGAUUGUAGGUAGAACGUCUAGUAAGAGGGAUUAUAAUUUAUUAAUAAAAGAAAUAUCGUUAA